AUGGAGAAAGAAAAAAGUGAAAACUAUAUUUUAUUUGAAGGAGAAAAUGAAAUAAAGUAUGAUCGUUUUGGAUAUGAUGGUUUUGACGAAAGAGUACCAGACAUAACUUCGUCAUAUAUUCAAGCGCACAACAAUUUAAGUGGAAAUGGACAAAUGAAGAAGCUGGCUCUAGGCAACAAUAUUGGCUUUAAUCAAAAUACUUUGAAAAAAAUACCAAAAUCGGGGCAGCAUUAUCUUGACUCAAAAAAUGAAAAUGGGAAAUUGAGUGCUUCUAUUCACCAACUACAAAGCGAUUUAAAUAUUAUUAAACAACACAACAUGAAAUGUCAUUUAAAUGACGAAGAUAACGAAAGACGCAAUAAAAUUCCUAUGCUUUGGAUUUACAAUUAUAAAACAAUUUAUUCUACAUAA